AAAAUAGUUUUAGGUUAUAAAUUAAUGUUUCCAUUUAUAUAGGAAUAGGAAAAAUAUUACUUUUAGUAUCAGUUAAUAUAAAUUAUGAAUUAAAGAAACAUGAGUGUUAUCCGUAUAAGUCCUUCUAUUUGCCAACGGCUAUUCGGCUGUAGAUAUGUAUCAACAGUAAUUCGUCAUGAGGAAGAAUACACAUCCACUCCAAAUUAUCCCCCUAUUCUCGAUCUUUCAUACAGACAGAAAAAGGAAAGGAAACAUGAUAGUUUGUAUGAGGAAAUUAAAGCAGUGAAAACUAUAGAAGAAAAACAGAUUAAACUGAAUAUGCCAAGAUAUUAUGGAUUCAAAAGUUAUAUGUUGCUUGAAGAUCGUUGUCAUUAUAACAACCUACCACUUACACAACAUGUUACGAGAACACAUCUUAACGUAAAUAACGACUUGCCAGAGUUCUACAGAGAGUUAAAUGUGGACGAGGCAACUCUACAGAAGUUAAAAUCUGAAAUAGAAGAUGUGAUUUCUAUAGAAGUAGAUGGUUACCAAAGAACACACGAUCUUAAAAAUGAAGAUAUUAAUGUGGCUAAAGUUGAAGAUAUAAUUAGUAGUUCCCUUACUAAACAGAUCAAUAGAAUAAUAUUAAAUGAACUGUCAUCAAGUUUUCCGCAUCUUAAAAACGCAAAGAUUGAUAUUGAUCCCCGAAUCGAAUCAUCUUGGUAUUGUGGUGGAAUCGAUCCCCCAGAUUAUGUAAAAAAAUCCAGAGAAGGAAUGAAAUGGAUGAAGAAGGAAGGACUUGUAGAUGAUCCAUUUGAUAGACUUAUGGUAUAUAUUGGAAACCCUCUUUUAUCAUUAAGGUCAGAAUUACCACUGAAACCAAUAGUAUCUCAUGCAGAAUCAGAAAAUCCUGAACUGGUCGUACCUGAAUUUAAUUAUGAUCCAAGGGUGGUUGGAAUUACUUCAGAACACAGGCACAUAGCUAAUUUACCAGGGUUUUGGCCUGAUGAUGAUAACAAAUUCGGUCUCAUAUCUUACCACAAACGUGGCUAUAUGCAUCACCGACAAAGGUACAGAGAUGCUCAAGAUGAUAAAGAAGCGAUUCAUCGUAAUGGAGUUUUGGCCUCGUUCGGGUGGUUGCAAGCGCAAGCCAACUUUUUGGGCUUCAAUACAUACAACGAUUUAACUUAUCCCCUUGUUACCCAGACAGUUGUAACUGAUGGCAAAAACUGGUCGUUUUACGCUUAUCAGUUAAAUACGAUUGUUUUCUGUGAAAGGUUUUACAAAGAAAACCGGAAAAGAAACAUAUGCUGGGGCACCCCCGAAAUGCAGCUAUUUGAUUCGAUCCAGGAUGGUAAGGUGAUCGGUCUUAACGAUGAAGUUCUCAAAAAUAUCCUUAAAUUUUACAUAAAUCAAUCGGAAAGUAGACUAGGCGUUAACUUAACUCCAUAUUUAAGCAGCAAAGAAAGAGUUGUUGCCGAUUACGAAGAUGAUGAAAAGAGAGAAUGGUUGGAAGGUGUUUAUAAAUACAUAACAUCCAAUCGACCAAGACAUAGGUUGGGUUAUGAAAUUUACCCAUGGGAAAAGAUUUACAAGAUCGACAACAAAACGAGGUUUAUGGAUAAGAAAUUAAGACCAUUUGAACUACUUCAAAAUCCAUAUAAUAGGAAACUCAAUGAAAGAACGAAGAGAUAUGUACCUAGGAAAUUUAGAGAGCAUCUGAAAAAAUGGGAAGGUAAAUUUGCAAAUGAAUAUUGGCCUUAAAUAUAUUUUUUUGUUAAAUAUUGUUUUAAAAUAAAUAGAUUUAAAAAUU